AUGAGCUCCUCUUCCUCCGCCGCCGCCCAAGCAUCUGCUUCUAAUGCUACUGCCCAUGCCCCCCCUCACCUCCCUCCCCCGUCCUCCCUCGUCACGACCAUCACCCCCGCCGCGCUCUCCUCGCUCGCAAUAUACAACCCGUCACUCGGCCCGACAGAGAAGUCCGUCCAUGACCAGAUCGUCUUCUACACCUCCCGCAAGGGACCCGUGAGCUCCGACACAAAGCUCAGAGAGAUCGGCCUCGCCCAGGGUAUUGUCGAGUUUGCCCGCGGAUUCUCGAAAACCGAAAACUUGAGUUCAAUAGAGACCCAGAAGUCGCGGAUCGUCACGCUGGAGAUUGAGGAGCCUGGAUGGUGGGUUCUAGCUCAAAUCGACUUGACAUAUAUACACAACCCGUCCACCUACCCGCCCACGAUCGAGUACUCCUCCCGAGAAGUUGCUCCCCCGCUAGUCCUCCUUGCACAGAUCCGGCAGGCCUACAACCAGUUUCGCUUCCACUACGGGAGCUUUGCGCAGAACCAUGCCAAGCUCGGCCGCACCGCGUUCUGCCGACGGCUCGAAAAGUACUGGCUGCGCUGGGCAUGGGGCAGGUGGGAGGUGAUGCUCCAUGGGUCGCCGGGGACAGUGGCGUUCGGCGAUGGCGGGAUCAAGAUGGUGGGCGGCAGGCCCGGGAAGGAGAUUGCGGAGGAGGAGAGGAAGUUCCUCAAGACGUGGGCGGAGAAGGAGAAGACAAAGGGAAUGGUGGACAUGGUGGUGUUUAGGUUCGGCGACUUUAUCGAGGAGGAGGAGGACAAGGACAAGGACAAGAGCGCGCAGAGCGGGUAUUGGUUCUGGGGGAAUACUACGAAGGCUGUUGCUGCAGCAAUGUCGACGACUUCCACACUACCAAAGGGAAAGUCUUCAAAGGGCCCGGGAAUCAUUAUGCCACAGGAUGGCUGUGUUUUCCCUGGCACUGGCUCGCUGGAGGCCCGCUCGGUGAGAGAUAUCGCAACAUAUAUCAGCGAGCUGUACCAGUUCGGCGACGAUAUAUCACGGCGGUCUGCGAGUAGCAAGCAGAAAAAGAACCGUAAGAGACCAAAGGGACUGUUUAACAAAGCACCCAGCUCAGGAUACUCUGCAGAUAACAGCUCUGUAGAGAGCUCGCCGAGAAGGAGUCUCUCGGCAGUUAGGGAUGAAGCUAGAUCUACCCCACCACCUCCUGCUGCCGGAUCAAAUCUGAAGCCUUCGGCCGACGAAGCUUCUGAUGGGAGCAGAGGAAGAGUGGGACAGGCGACAGCAGAGGAGUCUAGCAAGAGCAAAAUCACUAUCAAUGCCAAUGCCAAAAUCUUUAAUCUACUCACAUUUGGAUGGAGCGGUGGUUCUACCAAGAGCGCGGCCAAUGAUAGUAAUACUGGUACUAAUGUGCCCACUGUGGCUAGUAGUGCUACUCCUACGAGUACUACAACUGCUGAUGCUACUAUUACUUCCUCAUCUGAGCCCGAGCCCACACCUCCACCAAUGACAAACGUAGACCCAAUGGAGCAUGUUGAGAGGGCCCCCCCAAGAGCACUUGGCGGAAAUGAUGGAAACAGCAGCAAGAGUAAAAGAGCACGUUUCAUGAUUGGAUUCUUGGGGGAUGUGUAUGCGGAGGACCUUGACGACGAUCUCCAGGAUGCGCAAUCCACGGGACGAAUAACGAGCAGGACCGUCUGGGCAGAACGAAAGAAGCCUUCACCAUCACCACCAUCACCAGAACAAGACAAUGCUUCCAGAAGUACGGAAGUAGCAGUCGCAGACGCAUCUGGAAAGGGCAAGAGAAAGGACAGCACCAGCCAAGGACAAACAACUCAGCAGGCUAGCAUAAACCUAGAAGAGUUCAGGAUUGUCGUGUACACGAACCACCCGUUCAUCUUCGCCUUCAUCUUCGAGUCCACCUCCGCGCAACUAACCUCCCCGGCCUUCUACCGCACGCUGCACCACCAGCUAGCCCCCCUGCACGGACCGCUGCUAAAAUCCUCGAACCUCCCACCAACCGCGGAGCCGGCCAAAAAUACCUCUAGCAGCAAGCUGCUGCUGCAGCACCCUGCCCCGCCAAAACCGCCCUACGACCUCCUCUACAACCCGACCACGCUCAUGAUCCACUCCACGGUCCCGCCCAUCCCCGAGCCCGGGCCCGAGUCGUCGCAGCAGCAGCACAGCGGCUGGACCCGCGCCGAGGCCUUCCACGUGCACACGCUCAUCCUAGGCAUCCUGGGCGAGACCAUGCGCGACCGCGCCGAGCAGGAGCGCAGCGCGCGGAGCACCCGCGGCUGGUGGAUCAACUGGAUGCGGCUCGAGGGCGGCGAGGAGGGCAUCGUGGUGAGGCGCGCGGGGGAGAAGAAGUCGGAUUUGGCGGCGGGGCUGGGUGGGGGCGGCGCUGGCGGCGGAGAUAUCAGGAGGUAUUUUGAGGGCUUGGUGAGGGGCGUGCGUUAG